AUGGCACAUUGCACAACCAUGAGAUUUCUUCUCUGCCUUCUUUUGUGUAUUUCUGUCCUCUACUUGGCAGAAUGCUCGACUAUCGAUAGGCAGGAUCGAGCUAAGAGACAGAUAGCCAAUAUGCCGAAUCCAUUCUCGACGGGAGGUCGUAGACUACCUCCAGGUCGUUACGGUGGCUAUGGAAGCGUGAGACCAGUAAAUCCUUUUCAGAGGGCUUUGGGAAUAAACCCCCUGUAA